GCCAGAGGGGAAGCCUCCAUAUCAGUCCAUUGAAGGCAUGGCUAAAGAACCUGAGAAAGGCAAUUGGAGGCCAAUUCCUGCAGCAGUUGGAGAUGAAGGGAGGGUGGAUUGCUUGGAAUUGCAUGAAGGUGGAAUUGAGCCUCAUGGCAUUGUUAUGAAUGAAGAUGGUGUCUCUAAAAAGGUCCAUCAAUUCUAUUUUGUCAAGUUUUGGCCCUACAAAGACCCAGAAGAACAUUCCAAAUUCGAAUGGGCCAGGAAGCAGUCUGAAGAACUGGAUCAACAGAAGAAAAUUCUGAUCGAUGACAAACGUCAGGAAAUCGUGUCACGUGGAGAAGCUGUCAAUUCACAACUGCAAAGGCUAAGAUAUCGCAGUGCUGUACUUGAAUGCGGCAUCGAAUGGAAGACAAUGAUGGUGGAUUUUCUGCAAGUGGCUCUGGAGAAGCUGAAUGUCCGCAGAGGAGGAGCCAUUAGCUCUAGCUCUAGCUCUCCAAGAGAAUGUGGUAUUCAUAGUCCACGAGUCUGGGUGACACAUGGAAGCAACAAUUUGGCUAAUGAAGAGCAGCUCUCAACAGAGAUCCCUAAUGUCCAACAGAAAGAUAUAAAUUCAAGUUUUCUGGGGAGAGAGAUUAACAAUCGUGCUUAUUUCUGGUAUAGUAUGAGCAGAAACAAAAAACAGUUUGUACAGAUACUCGAAGGUGUCAUGCAGAUUGAAGAAAGGCAACAGAAAGCCAUGGCUGAUGCGGCUUCAAAGGGAAACAUUUGGAACCCUUUAAGUUCCAAAAAGGCCAUAGACGAGCAAGUUAGACUUCUCAAUAAGAUACCAGAGAUUUUGAGACCGGAAUGUUGUGAAGUGAUGGCUGAAAUUAAGUGCUUAGAGGACGAACUUAAAGCUGUGGACAAAGAAAUGAAUGAUUUGUCAAAGACAUUCCAGGGCCUAAUCCAGAGAAAGCAAGAAGCGUACGAGUUCCUUCUCAGUACGAUUAACCAAUGCGAAGAAGCGAAAGCCAACUACUACGAAUAUCUUUCCUUGCUAAGCAAUGCCAGAGACCUUGCUAGAACGAAAGAUGUGGCAGCCCUUGAGGAACUCUCUCGCAGGCAGGUUGAUAAGUUCAUGUCCCGGUGGAACAGUAGCCAAGCCUUCAGAGUGAGUUAUGAGAAAGCAAUCUUACCUUCACUUGACAAUCGUGAAUUGGGUAGGGAUGGACGGGUUAGGAACGAUGACGAAGGACCGAUUCUUUUGAAGGAUUCAGCACAUGUAAAUGGAGAUCCUGAAGCGAAUAAAUUAUUAAUUAUUCGUUCAGUUUCCAGUCUUUUAGCUUUGUUUAUUGUUUUUGAUAUCAGAAAUAAUAUGUAA